AUGGAUACUUCACUCAACCCACAAAAAUUGAAUUCAUCAACAAAAAAACCAUUAGUAAAUAAAGGACGUUUAGUGAAAAUAAACAGCAGUAAUAUUAGUAGUGUUCGGCCAUCAUCACAAACAACAGCUGAUGAACAACUUUGGUUAAAAUUAUUUGAACCAACAACAAAGGAUACAUUAGCUAUUCACUCAAAGAAAAUAAAAGAAGUUGAAGAUAAAUUACGAUCCUGUCUCAUACAAACAAAGAAAUGUCGAAUUAUUUUAUGUACAGGACCGUGUGGUUGUGGUAAAUCCAUAUGCAUUAGACUCAUCGCCAGUUCAUUGGAUGCUAAUAUUAUUGAUUGGGAAACGAGUACAACAUCAACAUUGACAACAACAAUCGAAGAUAAAGAUCGAACAAAAGACUGGGAAUCACAAAAAUUAUUAUUUCGAUCAUUUCUGUUUCAAUCAACUCGUUAUUUAUCAUCAUCAGUUGGUAAUUCACUUUUAUUCGAAAGUGAUAUUCAGAAAAAUUUGAGAACAAACGAGCAAUUACCAAAAACUUCACAUAAAUAUCAAAUUGUUCUGAUAGAGGUUUGA